AUGAUUGAUGAUCGACCUGAUAUAUCACUAUUAAUUGAAUGGCUUGAACCACUUAUCCCAUGGAAACGGUUCGGUUUAUGUUUAGUUGGAAUGAAAGAGCAUGAGAUCUCAAAAAUUGAACAUGAAAAUUCACUAACUGAAGAAAGAAAAUUGGCAUUAUAUUCAAAAUGGUUGUCAUUCAAUCCUAAUGCAACAUGGAGAGAUGUCAUUGAUGCACUGACUAGUAUAAAAGAGAAUGCAUUAGCUCAAGAUAUUGAAAAACAUAUAGAGACAUCAGAUUCAGAUGGAGGUAUUGAAAUUAUACUCUUUCCAAAAGAAGAUAAAAAAGUUCAAGAUUCUUUAAAUGAAUUACAAACCAAAUUCUCCCACAUCAUGAGAAAAGUAAAAUCAAUUUUUCGAAAAAGAAUAAUUGAAAAUUCACAACUAUUUGUUGAGAUAUCUGAAUGGGUUGAAGAUCAGCUCCACUGGAAGCCGGAUACAAUAGAUAAUGAUUUACGUGAUGUUUUCAAGAAGAUCUAUCAUUAUUAUGAUUUUAGUGACUGUAAUUUGAUAGUCAAUAUGUGUAAUGAGUUCAUAAGUGAUGAAAAAGACCUACUCGAUGAACUGAAGGCUUAUUCAGUAAAAGCUGAUGAAUUUCGUUCAUCAGAGCCAAUUACUGAACUUGAAAGAGAGAUAUGCAAUGUGUAUGGACCUUAUAGAAAACAGUUGGAGAAUAUGCCAUUGAUCUGCAUUAAACUUCAAAAUCAUUGGAACAAAGUUAAAAUUAGAGGAUUAAGAAUUCUAAUUGAAAGUUUACUUCCAGAAGAACUUAGACAAUCAGUAAUGAAGUGCAUCACUAUUGAGAAAGGAUGUGUCAUCAUCAAGUUACAUAUUCUUAACUCUACAGCUGAUAGUUUAAUACAAUAUAACAGAAGAAAUUUAGAGUUUAUAUGUCUCAUUGGUAUAUAUAGUUUACAUAUCAGCAAUCACCCUGUCCUUGAAGAAGAUGAGAAUAUAAAUUUCACCUUUGAGCUAGCUCUCCUUCAGGCAGCCAUAGUUGGUAAUAAUGAAGCAGUAGAAUUUCUUCUUAAACUAGAAACUGUUAAUAUCAAUCAUAAUGACAAAGGUGAGACAGCACUAAUGUUAGCUAGUAAAGGAGGGCAUGAGGACAUUGUACACAGUUUAUUGUCUGCUGGAACUAAUGUUGACAUUCAGGACAAUAAAGGAUGGACUGCACUAAUGAUAACAAGUGAACAUAAUCAUAUUUCAAUCAUUGAAAAAUUAAUGCAAGCUAAUGCUAAUCCUCAUUUGAAGACAUCAGAUGGAUUAAAUGCUUUAAUGAUUGCCAGUUACCAUGGGAACUAUGAAGUUGUUCGACUAUUGAUUAGUCAAGGAGUUGAUUAUAAUUGUCAAGCAAAAGAUGGAGCAAAUGCUUUAAUGGUGGCUUGUCAAAAUGGCCACACUCAAAUAGUUGAACUG